CUUGAAGCGAACAUCGUCACACGGUCCUCCUCCUCCCUCUUCAAACGCCCAUCGUGCGCCCGCUCGCCCCGCCUGCGAGCCCUUUCCUUCCUUUCCCCUUCGUUCAUUCUUUUGCACAACAGCGCAGGCGCCGGCCAGUGCAGCAGCAAGUCCUACCGCCGACUUCUGGUGUGCCGAACUGGUGAACAGCCAGUUGUAUUCUGUACAAGAAAGAUAUAUAGUGUCCAACACCGAGAACAUGUCUUCGAUCCACAAGCGCAUCAUUGCGAAGCGGCAGCAAGAGGGUGCGGGUGCAGGCGCGACGGACGGUGCAGCCGGUGGUGCUGCGGACAGCGCUGCCAACGGUGGUGCUGCAACGAGCCCGUCUAACACCCAGGCUGCGGGUGGUGCUGCGUCGACCACCGCCGCUGCGGGCGAUCCUGCCCAGACGACGACGCAGCAACAGCAAGACACCGCGCCGCCUGCCCAAUCCGAAACCUCCCAAUCCGCCCAGCCGACCACCGAACAGCAGCAGCAGCCGACGACCAGCAGCACGCCCCCCGCGCAGGAAACCUCGCAAUCACAGCCCCCCGCGCAAGAGACGUCCUCAUCGGAGGUGCAGGUGGUUACUGCGACCGCUACCUCGACAUCAGUUGCUACAUCGAGCGCCCCGCCCCCGCCCACGACCUCGUCUACCCCUCCCCCGGUUACCACCUCGAAGUCCUCGACCUCCGUCCACCAAACGACCGCAAACUCGGCCGCCCGCGUCGCCACCUCAUCCUCGUCGUCCGUUCACACGACGUCGUCGUCGUCCGUGGGUGCGCUCGAGAGGACGCGCGACGUCACGCUCUCGUCGACGUUCUCGAUCAAGUCCACCAUGUCCGCUACAGGCGCUAUCGCCAGCGCUUCGUCGUCCAACUCGGCGGCGAAGAGCGCCUCUGGGGGCAUCAGCACCGGCGCCAUCGCUGGUGGUGUUGUCGGUGGCCUCGCAGGUCUCGGCCUCAUCGCCCUUCUCUUGCUCUGGUGCACACGCCGCAAACAACGCAAGGACCGCGAGAUGACGCUCGGCCGCCGCACCACCAUGGGCGGCAUGUCCUUCGUCGACACCAACCGCCCGAUGACGGUCAUGACCGAGAAGCCUGUGUUCACCGACCCCACCGCGCCGAUGCCUCCCAACGCAGCCUUCGCUGCGGGCUCCGGAAGUGGCAACGUGCGCGACUCAGUCGCCAGCGUCAACAUCGCCGGCCGCGGCGCUACGGGUGGUGGCUACGGCGACUACGACCCACACGCGUACACCGACAACGUGCAGUACUCGGGCAAUGCGUACACGGACGACGACAUGUACAACGCGCAGCCCAUGCAGCACCACGACGCAUCCGCGUACGGUGGCUGGACGGGCGGCUACUCGGACCAGCAGGGCGGCUACGCUGACAUGGAGCGCUCGCAGGGACAGCACGGCUACGGCGGUGAGUACGACCAGGGCGCGUACGCGUACACGGCGGACACGCAGCAGUACGCGUACGGCGACCACACGCAGCAGCAUCACGCUGCAGGAUAUGCGCAGUGAUUCGCUCCGCGUUGAUCAGUGCCGGCCCCGCCAUCACGCCCUCAUGUGCUUCACGUCUCUGCGCACGCCUACUCCGCACCGCCGCUUCGCCUAUCCACCCGCCUGAACUUCCAUAUCCUACCACGCUCACUCCCAGCCCCCUCUGGCGCUAACCCCGUCCCGAUCCCGACGUCUUCGCCCUCGACCCGGCCUCUACUUCCAUGCCUCCCUUUCCUUCCUCUUCCAUGCAGCGCGCCUCGCGUCACCGUAUCGCGCACUGUUCCCGCGGCGCUGCCUUGCGCGCCGUCAUGGCUUAUACCUCCCCUUCGUCUUCGCUGUACAUCUACGUCUACACCGUUGAGCUAUUUCUGUACCCUGCACGGACUCCGACGGCGGGUUGGAGCCUCGCGUGGUCGACAUCGCUGUUCUUGUCCUGUGUCCACGUACAGUCGACAUACUAGUUCACGCCCUCCAUCCUCCCGUCUCGCCCUCCACACCCUGUCCCAGCCCCUCGCCUGUGCCAUCAUCCAGGGCCCACCGCGCGCCACCCAUGGCCCAUACCCCGCAUCCUCGGAGCUUUCUGCAGCUGUACUACCUUUGGAGUUCGCUUAUGUCUUUUUCUGUUUCUUUCUGUCUACAUACCUGUUCUGUCGAGCUACUGAUAACCACCGCCGACUGCGCGGCUGCGCGUACUUGUUCAGUAUACAGCCCCACUCCAGAUAACGGGCGCGGCCGGCCACCUAUAUACUCCAGUUGCCUACAUACAUCACCCUGUCAGUGUAAUCGAGCAGCGGCGCUACGUAUUCGUAUUUAUCGAUUACAGUACAUGUAUCUGGAGCUCAGUUGGAAUGGAUUUUUCUUGCAUUUA